AUGCUCGCCGCACCCGACGACCAGCUUUUGCCCGAAAUUGCCACCCUCGAGGGCUACGUCGCCCAGCGCUCGCCCGCCGGCCGGCGCGCGCCUCCGGCCGACUACGUGCUGUGCGACCCCUCCGCCGAGCUGCCGGUCGUCACCCUCGUGCUCGAGCGGCGCGAUGCCGGCGGCGGCGGGCCGGCCUGGCGGCGCUGCAAGCUGGUGCUCUGGGGCUUCUGGUGCGAGAAGCUGGCGCCCAGCGUCGCGCUCGGCUGCAAAGUGACCGUCAACGGCGCAGAGGUCGAGCCGGCGCCCGACGCCACCGACCUAGAGAGCCCGUGGCAGCUGUCGCUGCCGCCAAAGGGCGCCUCGCCCUCCGCUCGCGUCGUACUGGUGGGCGAGCAGCGCACCCUCACUCUCGGCGCCACGGGCGCCUUUGUCUCAACCGCCAACGCCGCGCCCGCCGCCGCCGCCGACAGCACUGCUCCAGCUGGCGGACAGGGCGCAAAGCGGCCGCGCCGCGCCACAGGGCAGUACGCCUACUCGAGCGUGGAGCGGUUGCGGCAGGCGUCGGGCUCGGACGGAGGCGACGACUGGCACUGCUUCGGCGUGGUUGUCGAGUACCAGCUGCCGCGCGCGACCAAGGGGACAGACCUGCGUUCGGCGGGAGAGUACCUCGCCCUCAACUGCUUCAAAGCACACCCGCACGUGCCCGGCGUCGGCGCCGUCGGCGCAGAGUCGUGCUCGGCUCCGACGGUGGUGCCCGCCCGCGGCGCAGGCGGCGCGACGCUCCGCACGCAGUGGGUCUUUGGCGACGGGGCGUCUCCGUCGGCCAACCGCUCGGCGGAGCACCUCACUUGGUCGGACGCCGAUUCGGCGCGAGUUGAGGCGCUCGCGCGCUGGUCGCGCGCCGCGCUCUCAACGCCGGGAGGCAGCAUGACGGCCGUCGACCUCCUCGUCCGCAUCGCCGCGGUCCCGAGCAGCGCCGCCGAGGCGGCCGCUCUGCCGAGCAAGCACGGCCACGGCGCCGCCGGUGCGCUCGCGAAGCUCCUCCCCGUCGCCGUCGUCGCCGACGCCGCCGGCGCGCCGCGCGCCCCCCUCUACCUCUCUCACGCCAUCGCAAAGUCGACGGCACAGGCGCUCGUGCGCCACUCGAGCGAGACAUGGGGAGAUAGGGGGAGAUAG